AAGAAGCUCUGCGCAAGACUCCUGCAUAACGCCCACUCGAUUAGGCCUAACUACCAAUUGGCCUGGAGCCUCUUCCCCUCAAGAUGGCACACGCGCGCCUUAUCCGACCGCCGACCUGUCUCGACUGCCUGCGCCGUCUCGUCCACCCCGCCCCGGCAUCGCCCCCCUCGUUUCUAUCUCUGCAGACUCGAGGCGCUAGGUCGUCGACGAAGGCCGAGGAGGAAGACUUGCAGGGUAUUCCCGUGCGUCUGCUACAGGACAUCCAAGGGUUCGGUCGGAGGGAUGCCAUCAUCCGAGUCAAACCCGGCCGCAUGCGCAACUACUGGUUCCCCAAGGCGCAGGCCGAGUACAUGACGCACCAGCGCUUCAAAGAGCUCGGUCUUACUGAGGCUGCCAUUGGUGUGCGCGACCGAUCCUUCGGCACCAAGCUCCUAGUCGAAUCUGAAGGUGUGCUCGCUGAGGAGAGGCCCAAAGAGACCUGGAAGAGCAAGAAGGAUACCUUGACGCUACCGCCCGAGGAAACCCUCACCCUCCUCGAAACCGUCCUCCCUCCCAUCUUAACCUUCGCCCGCAAGCCCAUCCCUACCGUUUCCGCGCCUCUAUCCAGCGAACACAAACCGACCCCCACUCCUCGAUCACCACUCCUCGCCCCCAACGCCGCAACAUCUAUAGGCCCCGUUGCCGAAGACUCGACCCCACCCUCGGCAGACGAGGCAGCGUCGGUAGGCAUCUUCGGUUCCGUGUCCGUAAGCGACAUCGUAGCCUUGAUACGAGAAAAGCUAUUAGAAGCAGACCCAGCGCAGGGCGGGCGCGUGGCACUCGAGGCCGACGGCGUGCAGAUCCAGGGUCUGGAGGGCGAAGACCGCAUCAAACACCUCGGCACCUUUGAGGUUCUGAUCUUCGCCGGAAAAGACCUGGAGCCUUUGGUGCGGCAGGUUGAAGUCGUGCCAGAGGAGUAAAUACCGACGAUAUGUCAAUUGUUGUGACAUUACCGUGGGAUAACCAGCUUCGACAUGUCUAUGUAGACCGAGGAAAGUCGAAAGUCGGCGAAAGCGGAGUAUCUACUACGUGGUAGCGAAUUAGCACGGCACUCCUAUACGCAUGAAUUUACAUAGCACGUGUAUGAUAUACCAAUCAGCUAGGGUAGCUGAGCUAACACUACAUAUGCACGUACGUCAACAGAUUUGGAGUCGUGUAUCAAUAUAUACAGUGCCCAUCUUGAAGCCUUUUAAAAGUUUGAUCUUUCGUAUAUCGGCCUAGGAUGGUUAACUAGCUCUCCAAACCGACACACGUAUUUUUCUAAGGUUGAAUUGUUACUACAAGAAAAGGCAGCAGGGAGGACGUAGAUGAAGGCAAUGGCCGAUAG